GUGUACACCAACAACGAGAACUGCUCCUCGACCAUGUGGCAGCAGACGCACGAGCGCCGCUCCUUCGCCACCUACCUCAACGACGCCGGAUACAGGACGGGUUACUUCGGGAAGUACCUGAACAAGUACAACGGGUCGCACGUGCCGGUCGGGUGGCGCGAGUGGGCGGGGCUGCUCAUGAACUCCCGCUACUACAACUACACCGUCAACAGGAACAACCACUGGGUCAAGUACGGCGACCAGUACCCAAGGGACUACUACCCGCACGUGAUCACCAACGACGGGCUGCACUUCCUGAAGACAAGCAAGCGCCUGGACCCGUCGCCGCCCGUCAUGAUGGUGCUGAGCUACCCGGCGCCGCACGGCCCCGAAGACUCCGCGCCCGAGCACGCCCACCGCUACUUCAACGCCUCCGACCACCACACCGUGGCCUACAACUACGCCCCGAACCCGGACAAGCAGUGGAUCCUGCAGUACACGUCGAGGAUGCACGACAUCCAGCUCAAGUUCACCGACCUCCUCAUGACCAAGCGCUUGCAGACGCUGCAGACCAUCGACGAGGCCGUGCAUAGGAUCAUCCGCGCCCUGGAUUCCCUCGGGGAAUUAGACAACACCUACGUCUUCUACACCAGCGACCACGGUUACCACUUGGGCCAGUUCGGUCUCGUCAAGGGCAAGUCGAUGCCCUUCGAGUUUGACAUCAAAGUGCCCUUCCUGGUGCGCGGUCCCGGCAUCAAGGCUGGAGUUCAGAUAAACAAAAUUGCUCUGAACGUUGAUUUGGCGCCGACGUUCCUGGACAUCGCCGGCAUCAAGCCUCCGCCGCACAUGGACGGGCGCUCGCUGCUGCCGCUGCUCAAGAGCGACCAGCCGGACUAUGUCACCUGGAGGGACAGCUUCCUGGUGGAGAGCUCUGGUCGCCACCGGGAAGAGGACGCUUUGGAAUUGAGGCAGAUUCGGCGGAUGCAGAGGGCGAAGGGCCUGGUAGCCUCGGCUGGCACUGAAGGGGGCCUCUAUACGUCCAAGCAUGAGAAGCUGGAGAUCGUGUGCGAGAGUGACGAAUACCGAGCCCCUUGCGGACCUCUGCAAAAGUGGGAGUGUGUUCGUGAGGGAUACAGGUGGAGACUGCAGAAGUGCCGCAACAGAAACAAGUGGCGGAAGCGCAACUGCGUCUGCGAACCUGACUUGGGAAUGGGAUACCUGGUCAAGCUGGACUCGGAGGAGCGGCGGAAACAAAGGCUCUUCCUCAAGAAACAUGUAACCCAAGACCUGAAGAAAUACGAACCAAAGUUCAUCAAAGCAUUCAGUGAUGUUGACAGCAGUGAAGUUGCCGAGCAGAGUCUUGGGAGACGAAUUCAACGCAACUCCCGUUGGUCUGCUCAGCGGAAUCGCAGACGCAGAUAUAGAAGGAACGCCGACGGACAGUCAGCAGAGCAGGGUACUGAAUAUGACGAUGAAGAUCCUAGCAAGGGCAAUGAAAAAGAUGAAGUUGAUGUGUUUGUCAGUGAAGAAGAAAUGAGAGCCAUUGAUGAUCAGAUUCACCAUCUCUCGGAUGAACUUGAAUCAUUAGAAAGUGUGAGUAGUACAACCUCCACAUCUGUUGCUGUUGGAAAUGAAUCCCUCUCUACAAUACCAUUGCCAGGAGAGAAGACUGUGAAGCUUCGCCAUGGGUGUAGAGCAACUGGGACUUCAGUAGACUGCACUGAUGAAGUCUACCGAGAUCCACAUGCUUGGAAGAUGAGCAAGGAAGCUAUUGAUGAUAAGAUCCGCAGAUUAAGGCAUCAGCUAUUUAUGAUGAAGGGUAUAAGGAAACAUUUGCGAGAGAGCCGCCCAGACUCAGUUCUAAUUCCAGAGGAUUAUGAAUAUGAUGAGGAAGAGGGCACUGUUGGAGAUUAUGAUGCAUUAGAUGUGAACAGCAUUCUUGGAUUAGAUGGUGAACUAGACAUACAAGAUGAUGUGCUUCCUGAUAAUGAAGACACUGAAGAAGAGGAUAAUGUUAUAGAGGAUGAAGCACAUACACACAGCUAUAUGGAAGACAAUGUGGAAGAGACCACUAUGAUGGUUGGAGAAGAGGAGGCCAAUACAGAGGAUGAAGAUAAUGAUGAUUACCAGUAUGUUACAACAGAGAGCAGUAAUUUUGAGGAUGAAGAAGUUCAUGUAGAUGCUCAAGGUGAAAAUAAGACUGCUCCUGUUGCAAGCACAGAAAGCACACUAGUGGACGAACAUGAUGAGAUUAUCAUAGGAAUUGACUAUAGUGAUUAUAAUCCACGUGAUUAUAGGAAAAAAAUCAAGAAUCGUUUUAAUGGGAGAAAAAAGCAUAAGGGAAGAAGGGAGAAAUUUGACAUGUUCUAUGAUGAUACAGGGGAUAUACACCCUGAACGGAACAGACCAAAGAAUAAACAUAAUCAGAAAGCAGAUGAAAAUCAAACGACUGUAGCACAAAAGGGACAAGAAAUGCCUCAUGGUUCCUCAGCUGUAGCAUCACAGUUCCAUUUGUAUCCUGCCAAAGGAUCUCCAGUAAGUGGAGCUCCAUCCACUAUUGAUAAUGAAACUGCAUCAAGACCAAUCUGUUGGUGUGAUAGAAGAUCCAUACCAGCUGAGGAAUGUGGCAUUUACUUUAUCUAACACUCGCUUAGCUGAGUUGCAUCAUCGCCUUGAGAAACUACGCACAUGUUCUGGAGCAGAUAGCUGUGAUGAUUUUCCAAGUUCACAUGCAAGUGUUAACAGCUUUGAAGAUCCCCAAAGACUUGAGCAAAGUGAUGACCAUUCUCUUAUGAACAAUGUUGUUGGUCCAGUAAGAAAACUAUCAAAAGCAGAACGCUUACUUCAGCGAAAGGAGAGACGCAGACAACGAAAAUUACAGAAAAAAUUAAGACGCAAAUAUUCAGGAAACCAGUUAUAUGGACCUAGGAGUAGACAUGUCCUGGAUUCCAUGGGAUCAAGGAAACACAAAGUACGUUUGCCAAGAAAGAGUCGUCUGGGAAAGGAACAAAGAAGGCAGAAAAGAAGAGAGCGAAGGAGAAAGAAGAAAUCAAGAAAAGAAAGACUUUUAUCGAGUGGAUAGUGACUAAGAAUAUUUCUCUAUUAAUUUUAUCCAAUAUUAACAUGAUUCAUCACAAAAGUUGAUGGUUUAUUUUAAGUGAAGUAGACUAGUUUAGUAUUUUAUAUUUGUUAUGUAGCUGCAACAUAGACUUAAUAUGAAAUGACAUAUUAUCACUAAAUAGGAUUAUUACACAUUAGGAAGAAAUAGACAGCACUAGAAUUUUGUCUGUGUCUAUUACAGCUAGAUAAUGAAUUAUCAUAUAUCAAGAAAACAUAGAAUAUCUAACUCAAGAUAUACUGAACUGAAAAAUGGAAGUAAAUACAGAAUUUAGGACAUCUCUUGUUGUAAUGAUAUUGACAUAUUGAUUCAGAAAUUUAGAAAAGUACUUAGGAUUUUUGUGCAUUGAAAAAGGCUACCCUGUUUGGCAUCAUACUACAUGGAGGAAGCCAGGAACCGGAGGUAGCACUGUAGUAGUAUUCAUUAUACUCGUUAGAUGUGUUCAUGUAUUAUAAGUAUAUAGUCAUAGAGGCUUUUAAGUAUAGGAUUACAAUUAUUUAUAUGUGAAUAUUAUUUUUAUGGACUCAGAAGGCUUUUAAUUAGCUGAAUAAUUUAAACAUUCUUUAUUUUCCAUCAUUCUCAGAACUUGAUAAGACACUACUUUUACCUUAAGUACUCAUAGUUCACAUUACCCACCUGUGCUUUCAUGCCCCAAGCUAAUCCCUGAGAAGUAAAGGGUUUUAAUGCCUAAAGCUGCUUGUAGGCCAGUAGAAAGUUAUGAUAAAAGAUAUAUAAAAUCAAAUGUUGUGUUAUCUAUAUGUAAUUUUGAAAGCUUAAGUAUAAUGAUCAAUAAAACACUAAUUUAAAUUGUUAAGUUAAGCACUUACAUUGGACUUCAAAGGAAUUAAAAUACCUUCAAUAGAUAAUGGAAAGAUUAGAUUAGUUACAUUGGAACUGAAAAUAUCCAUUAAAAAAAUCACAUUAUCAAAUUUUAAAAAGAGCAGUAUGAUCUCAAGUUAUAUGUUUCCACACACAGUACAUCAACUGAUAUCAGCUAAUACAUGUACACACAGAAUCAAAGAUACAAAACACAGCCUAGGUUAUUAGCAUGACUGCUAUAAUCAUUGUCAUUAGUGUCAUAUUACUGUUAUUAUUAUCAUGUGUGGUCACUGUUAGUAUUGUUUUCAUUAUAUUAGCAUUGUUAGUAUUCAUAUGAUUUAUUAUCCUUAUAUUUUUUCUUAUAAUUAUUCCUCCCUUUAUCAGAGAAGUAACAUAUAUCAUCAUUUUCUACUGGCUCACAGAUCAGCUGUUCAGUAAUAAUCCUGGUGCUUUUAGCCAUCUGGCACUUUGUAAGUUAUUGUAAAGCUUAUAAUUUUUUCCAAUACUUUAAGUGAAAUUAUUAUAUCCAUUCAUGUACCCCAUCAAGCAAAAUUAAAUUAUAAUAAGCUAUUUUUAGCCUUUUGUAUUUAGUAGUUUUUGUUACCAUUCUGUGAUAAACCAUUCAAAUCUCUUCACAUCUUAAUAUUUAUUUGUUUAAUCAUAUAUGGUUGAAAAUGUAAAGUCUAGUGUACAAGUCCAAUGCUAGAAGUAACUGAUAAUUAGUAAAGUUUAUUAUUUUUCAAGCAAAAGUAUAUGGUAGGUCAUAUUCUUUGCUACUGUUGUGUAAUACUUAUGAACAUGAAUUUUAUGACAAUUUUUUUUUCUGUAUCACCAACUGUCAAGUUCUUUUUACCCUGACAUUGUUAGAUGUGUUGUGCUUUGCUUUUACAAUAUAUGAAAUUUAUCUCUUGAAAUAUAAUCUAAAUUUGAAAGAAUUUUACUCAAAAGAGAGUAUCUGUAUUUCCUGAGAAGAAUGUUACUUUGCCAAUCAAAUAUCAAGUAUUAUAAUUAAUAUUGUGAUUAUUGUCUGAACUAAUGGUGUUCCCAGGUCUGAAAUAUACUAUAUUCAUACACUUUGGUAUCUUGUUUAUAAUAUGAACAUGAGUAUUAAAACUCAUAAUUUGUCAGACCUUUAAAAGAAAUUUGGCUGCACCUCUUUGUCAGAUCAAAGGAUCAAUCACAGAUAUUACAAUUAAUGAAGAGUUUUACGAUUGUUCUUUGUAUUAGGUAAGAGAUUGUAAGAAUAAAAUUCGAAACUGCUUUAAUUAAUUCGUAAAUAAUUACAGAAUUAUACUCGUAAAUUACCAUUGUUACUUUGCUGUUUUUUUUCAUAUUCCCUGAACCCUGGUCAGGUUUGCUGAGCAAGUAUCACAUUAUGCUGGAAUGUGCUGAUUUUAGAUCCCCUGCUCCUGUAAUUGUACUAACUGGAUUACACUAGAUGUCAAAUAUAGAGAAUUAAAACACACUGUUGGUAUAUUUCAAUAUUGGAAUCUUGGUUGAGGAAGUGGCUGCUAAUUGCCUUUGACCUUGCUUACUUGAAAGUAGAAUAUAUAAAAAAUAUUUGUUCUCAAAAUAAAUUGUCUGUUAAUUACAUACAUCAUCAAGACAGCUAAUGCCUUGAUAUUCAUAUUUGGAACUAUUGCAGUCUUUAAUUUGUUAUAUCAUUCCUAAUUGAUAUAGUGAUAGUUAAUGAUAUUAUUGUAUUUUUAUGCAUUAUUAAGGAAUAUUAAAAUAAUCAAAGCCCAUUCAGCUAUCUUAUGAGUUUCGUAGUACCAUUUGAUUACCAGUAACAUAGAUGGAACAUACAAAAUGUCUAUAUUAUCCCAAAAUUUCAGCACAGUGUGAUUGCUCUAAAUGGAUUGACUGUGCACAUUGCCAACACAGAUGCAGGUAAUUCCUAUGGGUAUAUCUGUAGCUAGCACUGUGACAUAUCAGGGGUAUUAAACUGUGCUGUUUAGAACAAUAUUAUAUCCUGAUAACAAAGAAAGUAGUAAUAUAACAAACUGCAGCUAAAUAAGAGUAUUAAAUAUUGAAUUACUCUUAAAUUUAAUAGUAGCUGAUUUGUGAUUGUCAAGUUAGACCUAUUUCUGACCAAAAGUAUUUGAAUAGUAUUUUCUGUUUCUUUCUCUUGAAGACUGCACACAUCUACAGUUGACAAUCUGACAUGGUUCAGAAGGAUGACAACAAAGAAAUGGAAAACAAUUCACAUAGCUAAGAGCAAAGUUAUUUUUAAAGUACAUUCAUUAGUUAUAAGUAUUACACAUUAUUUUUUGCUGAUGUGCCAUUUGUGUAUAAUAAUUUGUCAAAAGCAGGUUGUUUCAUGUUAUUGUUGGUGCUUGUCAGAGGCUUGUCUUCAUAGUUCACCAAUAGAAUAAUAAUGUUACAAUACACAUUCAUGAAUUAUUUUGGUUUGCAUAAACAAAUACAUUAGUUUAUAUCUAAUUUGUAAAUAAGUUCUGUAUAUAUCUGUAAUAGAAAAUGCAGUUUAAGUAUUUGUCUACAUUAAAAAUUCAAUAUGUAUAGAGAAUGUAAUUUGAUCUAAAAUCUUAUUUUGGUUUAACUUUGGGUUUUAGUAAUCAUUAAUGCUGCAUUUAUCAGAACUGACACAAGUCUUUGGCAAUGUAAUUCCUAAGAAAAUGCUUUCACCUGUGAGAGUUUCAGAGGUUUGCCUUGAAUGCAUGACAAAUACCUCCUCAAGGAUUGUACAAUAUUAGGUUACUGUAAUCAUACUCGUUAAUGAUGUACCUUUUUUGAAAUAAAAUUCAUGUAAUGAUACACAUUAUAAA